AUGGAAACUAUAUAUGAUGAAAUAGAAAUAGAGGAUUUCACAUUCGAUCCCAUCACUCAAUUAUUUCAAUAUCCAUGUCCUUGUGGAGAUCGUUUUGCUGUUAGUCUUGAUGAUUUACAAGAUGGUGAAGACGUGGCAGUUUGUCCUAGUUGUUCAUUGAUGGUCAGAGUGAUCUUUGAUCCUGAAGACUUGAAAGAAUACGAAGAUCAAUUGAAUUAG